GAUAUUCACAUGGAACCUUUUCUUGCAGAUAUUAAUGCAGUUAAUUUGAAUUGUAAUAAGGUACAGUAUGCUUCUCAGUUUAAUAAUGAAUUGUUUCAGUAAUUAAGCAUAAAUUUAUAUUAUAAUAUUAUUGUCAUUUAUUUAAGUUUUUAUUUUUUUUUAUAAUAAUGAGAGUAGAGUAUUGGUAAUAACAUUUCUGUGGAUAAAAUGUCAAUGUAUAAUGUACAAAAUUCUCUGUUCUUUCAUUUCAGUUCAAGACAAUGACAUCAAAGUUUUUGAGUGUAAUGGAAAAUGAUACUCUUCUUUAUUUCUCCAUGUUUGAAAACUUGGGCCACUUUCGAUACCUUUACUUCAUUUUAGGAUCUCUGCUAUACUGUACUAUCGUAUUCUUCAAUGUCAUUAUUAUUCUUGUAAUAUUUAUACAAUCUCCGUUGCACCAGCCUAUGUACAUUUUGAUAGCAUGUUUAUCAAUUAAUUCUCUUUACGGCACUGCUGGCUUCUUUCCAAGAUUACUAACUGAUUUGUUAUUAUAUUCUCACUCAAUUACUCGUUCUGGAUGUCAUGUACAAACGUUUGUCAUUUAUACCUAUGCAUCAUGUGAAUUUACAAUCUUAACAUUAAUGGCAUAUGACAGAUUUGUUGCUAUAUGUAAGCCAUUGCAAUACCACAGCAUUAUGACACCCAGGGUGCUUACUCUUAUGGUAGCUAUUUCUGGGAUUUAUCCAAUGCUUUCUAUUGGUCUUGGGAUUAUUUUCACUGCUAGACUAAGACUGUGUGGUAAUGACUUAAGAAAAUUGUAUUGCAACAACUGGAUCAUUGCAAAGCUCUCUUGUGAAAAUGCUACUUUUGACAACAUUUAUGGUUUUGCUGUACUAGUAACUACAGUUUUGAUCCCAUUUAGUUUCAUUUUGUAUUCUUAUAUUAAAAUUAUUAUGAUUUGUCAGAAGUCUUCAAAAGAAUUAAAGAGCAAAGCUUAUCAUACUUGCCUUCCUCAUCUAGUGACUUUUCUUAACUACUCAAUUACCAUUUUCUGUGAAAUGACCUUUACCCGUUUUGAAAAUUUACCUCCAGUAAUAGCUAUCAUUCUGUCAUUAGAGUUUCUGAUUAUACCUCCCCUGCUAAAUCCUGUUGUUUAUGGCCUUAAUUUUCCUGAAAUUCGCAGAAAAAUUCAACAUCAUCUAAUUUUUUUUUUUUGUAAAUAA